UUUAAUUAUAUUACAGUACUUUCAGCGUUUGAUUUUUUGGUGGUAAAUAAUGAAUGAAUACGGUGAUGAGAACGUUUGUAGAAUAUGCUUUCAACGUCAAGAUACUAUAUUCUCACUGUUCAGAAAGCAGAAGGGAUCAUCCCCUUAUGAUAAACUAGUUAAACACACAAAACUAAAAAUCGCUUUAGACGACGGCGGACCGGCUUCUAUUUGCCUACAGUGUCUCACAGAUCUUGAUACGACGAUUAACUUUUUAAAUAAAUAUGAAAAAUCUAAUGAAAUACUGGCCAUUAGAAAUUAUGAGAAAAAAGAAGUUUCAAAUUCGGAAUGCGGCGUUCCGAACGACACCGUUUGUUUUUCUCAAGAGGAGAGCGUAGAUUCAGAGGUGAUUCAGCCAGUUAAGGGUGUGAACAAUCAGAUUGGAAAACACAUAGAAUUAGUAACAGAAAAUAUGCAGUGUCCUCAAUGUGGUUCUAAACGCCGUUGCAAACAUUGGGCUCCGCCUGUGGCUCAUACCUGCCAGUACUGUCAAAAAGUGUUUACUAGAAAAUUUAAUUAUACACUGCAUCUCAAGCGACACCUAGGCGAGCGGGACUGGCCCUGCCCUAUCUGCGGAGCCUUGCUGCUGACUCGCUGGCUAGCUACAAGACAUUGUAGAAGACCCCGGAAAGCCUGCCCAGUAGCAGGCUGUGACAAAACAUUCACAACAAAUACUAACUUAGCGACCCAUGUUAGGACUCAUAGCGGUGAGCGUCCCCAUGACUGCCCGGAGUGUGGCAAGAGCUUCUCAUGUAAAAACACCCUUAAUGACCACAUCAGGAUUCACACCGGCGUCAAACCGUACAUCUGCCCAGUAUGCGGCAAGCUCUUCGCCACAAACAAGCUCUCCACACACAUGUUGUCGCACACCACAUCCCGCCCUCACGCAUGCGCGGCAGCGGGCUGCGCGCGCGCCUUCAAGUCGCGCCGCGCGCUCACGCUGCAUGUGGCGACGCAUGAGCACAGACGCGCGCAUAAGUGUAGCGUGUGCGGGAAUAGAUACAAUCACACGCAGUCGCUGAAUAAACACAUGAAGAGGCAUGCUCAGAAAUCCAUUACUACGGACAACAUACAAAUAGACCACAGCGACAUUUGAACAAUACAAACAUGUACAAACCAAAGAGUUAAAGCUAAGUUCCUAUUAUGAUUUAUGCAAGACUAAUUUCCUGACAAAAACGAGAAAAAAAUGCGUGCAAAUCGCACGUGGCCGAGAUAUUAAUUUUAUAGUGUACGGCCAAGGUCGAGGUCUCACAGAUUACUGUUCUAGAACUCUAUUGGGUUAGUUUUGCGGUAAGGUAAGGCACCUAUAUUGUCCUUCUAUACACCGUCCAAUUUUUUUGCCUGCGGGGUAAAUGUAUUUUAUUGUGAACAGUUCAAUUUUUCUCUUUCUGUUUUCGUAGGUAAAGAGAGAAAUUGAUGUGUAAAUAGGUCAAUCAAACGACGAUUAAUGUUUCGGCCGUUUUAGGAAUCACUUUAUUUAAAUAAGAAAACAACACUGUAAAAAAAACGAUACAAACAUAAUAAAUAAUAAUACACAAUGUUAUAGAACUAAAUUUACCCCCCAGGACUAAAAUGUACGGUUUUAUAAUACGUUACAUAUACGUAUAGAUGCCAAAGUUUGUUUAGCUUUAUUAGAAAGAAAGAUUAGAAAGUAAAGCGACAAUUAUACCAAAUGUUUCUCACAGUUACCUAAUGAUGAAUAAUGAAUGUUCCUUAUGUAGGUAGCUACUCGUAGUUUGUGUGUGGAAUAAAAUGUAAGAUGACUUGUACCUUUUUAAUUUUAGUUCUUUAGUAAGACAACUGUUUCAUAGAUUUCCUUUAUUUAUUGAUAGCAAAUAAAUUAAGUAGAUAGCCAUUCCUAACUUCUUUAAUUUUGAAGGUGACUAAUCUUAACUUAGUUACGGUCAUAAUCCCGUUUGAAAUGCUUGUCAAUUAAUGGUGUUUUAGUUGGUAUUUCAAUUAAAUAGGAGAAUU